AUGGACACUGGUCUAGGCCCCGGCGGCAGCGACUCAGACAGUCUAUUGGACCUUUAUGAACAAGAGCCGGCAAAUCGCAGCCCAUCCAGUAUCAUGGAUUCAACGGACCCAAAGCCGGACAAGGGAGGCUAUUACCGGCCCCAAGAGCCCGACGACUCGCACUGGAUUCAUCGGGACAAGCUGGCGAAGAUCGAGAGCGAAGAGCUGCAGCAAUUCGGUAUCCAAGCUCAAGAUCCUGUUCUCAUGAGACAUAGAUCAGACAGCAAAAGAGGCCGUAGCUACGAGUCCCAGAGUAUUGGAACAAAUGGAAGCGUGGAGCCAAACGAGUCGUUUCCCAUCAUCCACGAGGAUAAGAGGCAACGGCUUGCUUCACCUAUUCCCAUCGACGACGGUCCGCAGGACGAAGACGUUGGGCCGGCCGUGUUCGAGGACCCACGUCUACCAGAAGAAAUCGCGGCUGAUCCCUAUGAAGAUGGUGGUAGCGCGUCGUCGUCAAGAGUGUACCGCAUGCCUGGUUUGAGGAAGAGCUCGUCUCGGAUUCCGGUUCUCGCUUCGAGCCCUCACCCCAUUCCUCACGAGUACCUGGGCCGCGACUCUCCUCUCCCAAGAACUAGGAACAAUACGGUGACUAGCGGAGAUGAAGAUACCUUGUCGUUUUCAAAAACCCGACGUCCCAGCGAAUCGGCACCCCGCGUGUUGCAGACCCCAGAGCCGCAAAUCGAGACAACCUCCCCGCAAAGCUCCCAACCCUCCACUGCGAGUCGUCAAUUGCAGAACUCACCUUCCAAGGCGAAGCACUCUGCCAAAUCGACCCCCGCCACGAGCCGUAAAGCUUCCGGCACCCAAGAUACGCGGAAAAGUUCGGGAACCCACAAGAAAGCGGCCGCCAGCAACGGCAACGGUAGCAUCCAGAAUCAGCGUCCGGGCACAAGAUCCGGAGAACGUCGGCCCCCAACCGGACUCAAUCGCCCAGAAGGCGAUCCUCCAUGGCUGGCGACUAUGUACAAGCCAGAUCCACGCCUGCCACCAGACCAGCAGAUGCUUCCCACCCACGCGAAAAGGCUCCAGCAAGAGCUCUGGGAAAAGGAGGGCAGGAUACCAUCUACCUACGACAAGGAUUUUGCUCCAUUGGCCAUUCGACGUGAUGAGAAGCCUCCAUCUCCUGUCGCAGAGCCCGAACUGCCAAAGGAAGAAGACCCCUGUCCCAUUGUUUUCGCGCCCCCAUCACUGCCGUCACUACCAUCACCGCCAAAGAGCCCGGAGAUGAGAGACCAUCCCGGGAAAGGUGAUACUGACCGCUCAGGUUACAAAUCAAUACCUUCUCUGAUCCCUAGCGCUACAGAACCGACAUUCACGACGUCCAUCAGUGCGAAACCGGGGCCCAGUCCCAUGCAAGAACAACUCCCUCCCAAAAAGAAGAGCUGCUCUUGCUGCAUUGUUAUGUGA